CCUCUCCACACACACAAGUCCUUCAAAAUGAGCCCGGAAGCUUGGCUCCCGCAGCCCACCUUGUUCCUCACUGGCCUCAGCUUGCUCCUCUCGCUGGCGCCCACGGGAUUGGGCAUGGAGGUCAUGGCUCCUGCCACCAUCAAUGCCUUGAAUGGUUCCUCCGUGAAGCUCUCCUGCACCUUCAACUCCUGCUACAAGGUGGAGAACAAGCAGUUUUCCCUCAACUGGACGUACCAGGAGUGCGGGAACUGCUCCGAGGAGCUGUUCCUGCAGUUCCGGAUGAAGAUCAUGAAUAAGCAGCUGGACCGCUUUGGGAACCGGGUGGAGUUCACCGGGAACCCCACCAAGUACGAUGUGUCCUUCACCCUCAAAAAUGUGCAGCUGGAGGAUGAGGGCACCUACAAUUGCUACGUCCUGAACCCCCCGGACCGGCAGCGGGGCCACGCCAGCAUCAGCCUGAAGGUGCUCACCAAAGAGCCCCCGAAGCACGACUCGACAGUGGCUGUCAUCGUGGGCGCCUCUGUGGGUGGCUUCUUGGCCGUGGUGAUCCUGGUGCUGAUGGUGGUGAAAUGCGUGCGCCGGAAAAAGCAGCAGAGGCUGAACACGGACGACCAGAAGACGGAGGAGGAAGGGAAGACAGAUGGCGAAGGCAACCCGGACGAGGGCACCAAGUAA